UUUCAUAUGGAGUAUUUUAUUUAUUUUUCCGGAUUUGAUGUCACCCAUAUAUUCCUCUAUGUGCGUAGAAAUUUUCCCGGCGAACCCAGAAUGAAUAUCAGUUGAUAGAAGUCGGUUAAGUUCAUCUAUAAGACCCUCCAUGAUAACUUGGCGGCAACGGUCUAAAGAAGCGAUUUAUUGAGAAGCAGUUCAAUGGGUGUUCACGGUUUGUGGGAACUGUUGGCUCCAGUCGGCCGCAGGGUAUCUGUUGAAACCCUGGUGGGGAAAAGGCUCGCAAUCGAUGCGAGUAUAUGGAUGAUUCAGUUCAUGAAGGCGAUGCGGGAAGAGAAAGGGGAUAUGGUGCGAAAUGCUCAUCUGCUCGGCUUUUUCCGUCGAAUUUGCAAGCUGCUUUACCUCCGCACUAAACCAGUCUUUGUAUUUGAUGGAGGCACACCGGCUCUCAAACGCCGAACCGUGAUUGCUCGCCGCCGUCAGAGAGAGAAUGCUCAGGCCAAGAUUCGUAAAACUGCCGAGAAAUUACUCCUUAACCAUCUCAAGGCAAUGAGGUUGAAAGAACUGGCUGCAGACCUUGACAACCAGAGGGAAAAGAAUGCUUCGAAGGGUAAAAGUGUUGUCUCUGAGGAUACAGAUACUGUGCAGGAAAUGUCUGAUGGGCACUGUUUUUCUGCAAAUCUUGAGAAACAACAGAAUGAGAACGAUCCAAUGGGUAAAAAAGUUGUUCAUGAGGAGUCUGAUGCUCCGAAGAAGAUUUCACAAGAAAAUGCCUUUGCUUCCAAUGGUGUCAGUAAUCAGAGUGAAAUUGAUGAGAUGUUGGCAGCAUCCAUAGCAGCGGAAGAAGAUGAUAGUUUUUUCCCUGAUGCAUCUACAUCUGCUGCUGGUGCCAAUGAAGAUGAUGAUGAAGAUGAGGAGAUGAUACUUCCUGCAAUGCAUGGAAAAAUUGAUCCCUCUGUUUUAGCUGCUUUACCUCCAUCUAUGCAACUCGAUCUCCUUGUUCAGAUGAGAGAGAGAUUGAUGGCAGAAAAUAGGCAAAAGUAUCAAAAAGUGAAGAAGGCACCAGAGAAGUUUUCAGAACUGCAAAUACAGGCUUACCUCAAAACAGUUGCCUUCCGUCGUGAGAUAGAUGAAGUGCAUAAAUCUGCUUCCGGGAAGGGGAUAGGCGGUGUAAAGGUUUCACGUAUUGCAUCUGAGGCCAAUAGAGAAUUUAUAUUCUCAUCAUCAUUUACUGGAGAUAAACAGACCCUUACUUCUGCUGGAGAGAAUCAAAAUAAGAAUCAGAAUAACCUUAUGGAAACACCAAGGGAAAACUGCUCAGCAACUAUGGCAAAAAAUGAUACUCCUGCUCAGAAAUCCAGUGUGGCACUAGAAUCUUUUCUUGAAGAACCUGAAGGGAUAAUUCAUGAUGAUGUUGAAACGUAUUUGGAUGAGAGGGGACGGGUUAGAGUCAGCAGAGUGAGAGCCAUGGGGAUCCGUAUGACUCGUGAUCUGCAAAGGAACCUAGAUUUGAUGAAAGAGAUUGAGCAGGAGAGGGUGGUCCAUAAUAAAAAUGCUUCACACUUGCCUAAUGAUUCUACUGUUAGCAGCAAUACUGCUACUCCACACGAAAAGACCAAGAAUCUGAACUCUUCCAACACAAAUCAUGGGCAGAUGACUUGUGGUACUGUCGAAAAUGAAGCGUCUCUUUUGAAAAGUGGAACUUCUCUUGAGAUAUCUUUUGAAGAGGAAAAAGGUCAUAAUGGUGGGGAUGAUGAUCUAUUUGAUAGUUUAGUCAGAGGGACUCCAAUUUUAGAUUUUUCCAUAAGCAAUUCUGCCUUAGAUGUUCAGUGGGAGGAAGGAGACACUCAAGAUAAUUUGGGGGUGCCAAGUGGGAAUUCUGCCUCAGAUGUUGAGUGGGAGGAAGGAGACACUCAAUAUAAUUUGGGGAUGCAAAGUGAUGACUUCCGCGGGGGGAGUGAACUUGCUCUGACAGAAGGCGGUGUGUUGAAUGAUGAGAGUGAAGUCGAAUGGGAGGAAGGAUCUUUAGAUAUUCAUAAGGGUGGAUUUUCAUUUUCAUGUGAAGGGAGGAAUGCUUCUAAAGGUGAUUUGGAUGAAGAAGCCAAUUUUCAAGAGGCAAUAAGGAGGAGUCUCCAGGAUACAAAAGAUCAAAGGUCAGUUGGAGAAUCAUCUACAGGUAAUGCAUCACAUAAUAUUAUUGGAGACAGUACCAUGGGGACAAUUCUUGAAUCAGAUUGGCAACAAAAAAGUCAUUCUAAACAUGAACUGGUGGAAUUUGAAAUUCUUCAUCAGCCAGACCCGCAUUUAGAAUCCUUAACAUAUAUCAAGGCAAAUGGUACCACAGAUGGCCUGGAGAUCACAGACCCAAAUAAUUCUUUAAAUACCCAUUUGGAUCCAGAAUCUAUAGGUACUCCGAGGCAGAGGGAGAUAUUGAAAGGAAAAGCAUACGAUGAUAAUGUAGAUGCCAGUAACCAUGUAGAGACCCAGUUGACAAGACCAGUUAUAGAUAAUAUGGGUCAGGGAGGAAUAUCCACUGGGACAGUAUACUCUGAGUCUCAAUUUAAAGAUCUUGGUGGAAGCGGCAAUUUGAGUCCAAAAGUUCUUGAGGAAGCAGGGAAUGAUUUAGAAGAAAUGAGGGAAGGCAUGGUUGGAAUGCAGAGUGGGCAUACAAUCAAUGAGGAAGCAUCAGAUGAUCUUAUAUGUGAUACUGAACUGAGGAAAACAUAUCAAUCAGUACCAGUUAGUGACACUUGCAGUGCACAAAGAUCAGAUGAGGAACAAGUACGGGAUCGCGAUGACAUAGUAGGAAAAAGAGACGAGUUUAUGGGCUCCCCUGUUGAUGGGAAUAUCCAGAGAGAUCAUGUAGAGUUUACAGCUGAAAGUUUGGAGGAAGAAAUUAUUACAUUAGGGGAGGAGCGUAAAGAACUGGUAAAUGAGCAGAGGCGUCUGGAACGGAAUGCAGAAUCGGUAACAAGCGAAAUGUUUGCCGAGUGCCAGGAAUUGCUUCAAAUCUUUGGCUUACCAUAUAUAAUAGCACCUAUGGAAGCUGAGGCUCAAUGUGCAUACAUGGAACUUGUCGACUUGGUAGAUGGAGUGGUCACUGAUGACUCUGAUGCAUUCUUGUUUGGUGCUCGAUGCGUGUACAAAAAUAUAUUUGAUGAUCGCAAAUAUGUGGAGACAUAUUUAAUGAAGGACAUUGAAAAUGAGAUUGGAUUAGAUAGAGAGAAAUUAAUCCAUAUGGCAAUGUUACUGGGAAGUGAUUAUACUGAAGGAGUAAGUGGGAUUGGUAUUGUUAAUGCUAUUGAAGUGUUGAACGCGUUUCCUGAGAAAGAUGGUCUUAGGAAGUUCCGGGAGUGGGUUGAGUCUCCUGAUCCAACUAUUUUGGGUAAGGUUGAUGUGCAAGCAGGGUGCAGCUCAAGCAAUAUUCUUCAGCCUGUUGAUGAUCAUCAAAAGAUAAAGCAGAUUUUCAUGAAUAAACAUAGAAAUGUUAGCAAAAACUGGCACAUUCCUUCUUCUUUUCCAAGUGAUGCUGUAGUUUCAGCUUAUGAUACUCCACAAGUUGACAAGUCCAAAGAAUCUUUCUCUUGGGGGAAGCCAGAUGUUUCUGUACUUCGCAAGCUAUGUUGGGAGAAGUUUGGAUGGACCAUCCAGAAGACAAAUGAGUUGAUAACACCUGUGCUGAAGGAGUACAAUAAACAUGAGACGCAACUUCGCUUAGAAGCAUUCUAUGCUUUCAAUGAAAGAUUUGCAAAAAUUCGUAGUACAAGGAUUAAGAAGGCAGUCAAAGGAAUGACAUGCAGCCAGUCAUUGGAGUUGAUGGAUGAUACUGCAGAUGAUACACCUGCAAGGAAAAGGAAGCAAAAAGUGAAACCUAAUGAUGAUGAGAAGGGGAACAACUUAAAACCUGGCAAUGGUGAUGAGAAUAAGAUUGCAAAAAAAGCAUCUGGAAAGAAGGCAAGAAAAAGUAAGGGAGAUCUUUUACAGAGUGAAGGGGCAGGUAGUAGAAAAAGACCCAAAGCAGGGGUGCAAUGUCCGAGGGGAAGGCAGAGGAGGAAGAUUUCUCAUUCUAGAUCUAAUGAAACCAGUUCUGCAGAUGGAAUUGAUAGUGAUAUGGGGGAAGCCAUAGAUAGUGAGAAGCUUGAACCGUCACAUGUAAGAAGGUCAGUGCGGCCCCGGAAAAUUGUGAGUUAUACCGAUGAUCUAGAAGAUGAUGAGUACAGCAAAGUCGAUUAUUCUAUCAGUGAUGAACAGCUUACAGGAAGAGAGUCAAUGGAAUGGAAAGAAAUGGAAUCAGAUAGUGUUCAACUGGGUGACGGUGAGAGUAACAAUCCUGUGGAGCAAUUAUCCAAGGAUUACCUCGAGUCAGGGGGCGGAUUUUGUUUGGAGGAAGAGGAUGAAACAAACAGAGGCUUUGGAGAUGAUAAUACAACAACUCCACAGGAAAGUGCAGAUUUUUCCCACCGGUCUUCUGAUCGCGAAGAUAAUAUUGAAACUGAGGUAAAUGUUAAUGAAACUGCAAACGAAUAUGGCUCCAAGGUGGUGAAUUCACAGGACAACAAUGAUUUGAUAUUGGCUGCAAGCUCUCUUCGUGCAAUGCCAAACCUGAGAAGGAAAAGGAAGAUUUAGGGGGUGUUUGGCAAAUGACUAAUUGGCUGUUGGCGGUUGGCUGAUUCUGUUGACUGAUUGAUAACAGCGGAUUCUGUUGGCGGUUUUAAUUAGCUGAUAGUAUUAGCAGUUUGUGAAACUGUGUUUGGUUAAAUAGCUUUUUACAAUCAGCUGCUAAUUUGUUAAAUGACUUUUAAGGACAUAACUUAUUUACUUAUUUAUUCAUUCAUUUAUUUAUUUAUUAGUGCA